UUGAUUGACAUACCACGAUCGUUGGUAGACUCUGAGGAUUCAAGUCUUGAAGUGCUUUGAAAUUCGUUCCCUGAGCACUGAGCCAUUAGCUUUCUUUCCUAUUUAAAGAUUGUGACACUGCAAAUAGAAGACACAAACGCUAGAACUGCCAGUUUUAGUUGUCUCAGGAAUCUAGAGUUUGCGCGUUGAAGGUAUAGUAUAGCUCACAAUGGCGAAAUCGAGACUGGUGAUAGGCGUAAUUGGAUCCUUCAUCUUGGCUAUAUUUUAUGCAAGUGCGGGGAUAUAUAUCAGCAGCGUCAGUGAUGCCCCAUGUGCGUUUCAGAAUGAGUCCGCGACUUAUGAAUUGCCAAAAUACUGUUCGGAGAUCAAUCUGUACAUGAAAGUUCUCCUUAUUGCUACACACUUGCUGGCAUUCGCAUUGUUUCCGUUUUCCAUGUAUGUAUACUGGAAAAGUGAGGCGAAGAUGCAAGCAAAGGCCGCCUUCUCCUCAGUGCUGGGCUUCGCCUUCCUCAUGGUUGCAAUUGGCGGUGAGAUCGGCUGGCACGUCGGCCAGCAAUGGUUCUACCAGGAGGAAUACUUCAUCUUGAAUUUCAUGUUCUACUUCUUUUUCAUGCUGGGCAUCGCCUUCUGGGCCAACGGUAUCAGUCUCAAGGAAAAUCAUUCACCGGGUGCAUUGGACAAACUUGCGAACCUUGCGAAUAUCAUGUUGUUCAUCUCGCCGCUCGUAGUGACACUGGUUUACGGAGGCGGUGCAUUUCUUAAGAAAAGCUGUCCGGAAGCAGAGUUCUGUUCAAGUCUUCCUAGCUGGAUAUCACCCAGCAAGGUUCCCAUCUACAUCCUCAUGGCGCUCGAAUUCGCCAUUCUGUCAAUAAGAUUGUACAGGCUGCUGGACAACGAUUGGCGCGUUGUGUUCCUCCCAAUUUUUUCUGUAGGUGUAAAUCUUUUCUUCAUCUUCCUGCUGAAUGCUAACGCCGACAGCACGUUCUUGAAUCCUCUUUUCCAUAUGUUACAUGACCUUAUUGGAACAGAGCUGGGCGUCUUCAUCGCAACGCUGCUGGUCUGGGAUCACGCGAAAGCUGGCCCACCUGAAGGGAUCAGGAAGAAGUCCAACUAGCUGCAGCCUUCACCUGAGAAUUACCUCUCACCAAAACACUUUACAUCCCUGUUCUGCUAGAAUAUGUGCGCCCACUGCAGUUGUGCUGGUGAUGGUAGAGUCUUGUUCGUUAAUUAGACGAUUAGCUGGAAUUGACCACCAUCUCUGGGGCGAUAGUGUAUUUGUACAAUGCCAAAUCCUAUCACGAUAAGUACUGAAUGUAACAUAAUGCUUUCAUCAAUAAAUGAAAGUAACAACGAUCUUCAUCGAUGAUGUUCCCAUACUUGUGCUAUCUACUUGGUUCCCCGAUUACGUCUAGACUGUCCAAAAAUAUGAGGACUAAUAAGUGUAGCCAAAGUCACUCACACCUGGACGGGAGGGACUACUGUUGCAAGGA